AAGAUUAUUUUGAAAUACCCUUAAAGUCAAGCCUAAUAAAUAUAAAAUGCUCUGAUUCACUGUUAUAUGAUUUAAAAACAACAAUUCAUUCUUGUUCACAACUAAAAGAAAAGUGUUUACUUUUGCCAAGUAAUUUUGGACCAGUUACUGUUUUUUACCUCUCGUACACAACGCAUAAUGUCUGAAAAAACGUAUAACUUCCUAAAAGAUUCCCAACUGGGCAGCAACAAUUUUUGCCUUUAACAAUGAUUCAGGAAUCUCAACCAGUAACCCGAUUUCAAAAGCAAACUACGCAAAUGACUCCAACUGACUGCUUCCUCUAAAUACGCUGACUUCGUUGGAAUCUUCGAUGAAGGCAGUGCUUUUAGGAAAACCGUAUAAUUUGGAAUCUAAAAUGGAUACCUGCGUCAAAGAAAUAAUUUGGCUAAAAAAUGAAAAUCAAGAACACAACAAAACUCAAACAAGGUUAUUAACAGAAAUUUUAAAUAUUAAGCGACUUCUUACUGAGAAGACCGCAACAAGUAAUCGUGAAACGGCAUUUCCAAAGACUCCUUUUGAAACAAAAGAAGAAUUCCUACAUUUCGAAGAUGAAAUUCAAAGAGAUGCGGAGAAGGUUAAAAUAAUUGAAAACGAAAUCUUUUUGAUUGGCAUCCCCGAGUGCGGAAAAUUUGUGAGAGCUGUUUGGAAACGUUUAGUCAUCGAUGAAGUUGCUUGCCAAAUAACAUGGAAAAAUGUUGAUAAUAAAAUUUCGCUUCAAAAUUUAGCCAUAACUGCUGCGUUUAAAGAAGCCUAUUGCAGAAAAUUUUCUAACGAGGCGGAUUUUAAGAAAUUUACAACAAAAUGGUUUCAAACUGCACGGGACCGUGUUAACCAUAAAGCAAAACAAAUCAAACUAUAAAUUCAUGAAUAGCAACGUGUUAGUAUACUGCGCAUUAGUAUACGUACAUAUUGUAUUAUACAACACACAGCAAGCACAUAUGUAGAUAAUAAAACUGUUUAUUGAAAAUAACUUUUUUA